AAUACUUUUCCAAGUUCUCACUUCACGAGACAAGUCUUUCGAUCCCCAUUUGUUUAAUUUUUCCCAUGCCAUGUGUGAAUCCCCUCUGUCACCGUUCAUUGUAUGAGGGGCUGAGACAACUCUUUUUCCUCUUAAAAUAUCAUGAUUCCUCCUCCACUGUUGUUCACCAUCUCACCAGCCCAGUUUCUCAGAAAUGACUCAAACAAGCAUUCAAGAUGACAUGAGAUCCAAAACGGAUCUCUUACUAGCAUUUUGUUAGGCGGAAAGAAAAAAAAACCUUUAUAAACUUUUUUUAAACCUCCCACAUGGAUGCUGUCUUCCUCCUCGAUGGAGCAGCUCGUUCUGGUUUUCUUCAAUUUCUCAUGCAGUCGACUGGCUGCACAUACAUUUGCCUCUGGUCCUACUCUUCCUCCUUGCAUCAACCAAACUGUUUAAUUGGUUCGGAUGGAUGGUAUAACGAACAAAACAGUACCCAACCCGGAGCUUUGGUGCUGUUCCUCGAAUAUCGACGAUUAACAUUCCCUCUUGAAAAUAACCAAGGCCUCGUUCCAGGAUUUGCUUUCAGGAAUUAUAGGCCAUACAUUGAGCUCGGAGAACUGGAGCUUCAAAGCCGAGCAUCCCAUCAGACACAGCGACAAUUUUAUCGGGAAGCAAGAAUUAAGACAGCUGUUUUCAUGGGAUGCAAGAGUGGCGAGAUUGAGUUAGGUUCACCCAAUGCAGUUAAUCUUAACAUGGAGAUGGAGAUGAGAACUUUUUUCCCCGAAGACUUUUCAAGGCAAUCUUUGGUGGCUGUAAGCGAACCCACUGAUCCCAACAACCCUUCUUCUUCUUCAUCUUCGUUGAGGUCACUAGCCACCGAUAGUCCAGAUUCUUAUCUUAUUUUCACUGUCCCAAAUGCUUCUCGGCCCCAAGUUCCUACCGGCAGUGAAACAACACCCUCUUUACUGCAAGCCAAACCGGCUUCUUCCUCAAUGUAUGAUCCACACCAACAAGCCAUGCAGCAAGCCUUAUCUGAGAUGCGAAGCAAUAUAAAUUUACCGUCAUUAGAGAGCGAAAAUGCAGCCAUGACUAGAGCCAUUCUAGCUGUUUUAACCUCUCCCUCUUCGUCUUCCUCUUCAACAUCCCAAUAUCAUUCCCAACAAAGCCAUAACUUACCUCCCAGUUACCAGCCAAACUCCAAAGCUACUGCGUUUAAACGUUACGGAUCUCCGUUAGGGACCCCGACAACAGCAGCGGUGAGGGCAAGUUUAAGAGCCCAAAGCAUGUUGAAACGAGCCAUUUUGUUCUACAGAAGAUUCAAUUUAGUGAGGAGUGAACAACAGCCACGACGCCGCGCCCCCACCGUCCACCAAUUGCACCAUAUGUUAUCGGAACGUAAAAGGAGAGAAAAGCUCAAUGAAAGUUUCGAUGCAUUGCGAUCCCUUCUUCCUCCUGGUACCAAGAAGGACAGAGUAUCAGUGCUGGCAAGUACGAGGGAGUACUUGACGUCAUUGAAAUCUCAAAUUAUGGAGCUCAAUAGGCAAAACCAGUUAUUAGAAGCAGCUCAGGCUUCUGCGACUUCUGCCGACGAAGCUAAUGGUUCAUCAAACGAGAGAUUAAAUAUUCGGAUUAUACCCGUACCGGAAUCAACAUCAGAACAAAGAAUCAUUGAGCUGAGAGUCAGUGUUGGAGGAGAAGUGUCCAUAGUGGAUAUCUUAAUCCAGUUGCUGCAAUUCUUGAAGCUCGAUCGAAAUAUAAGCUUAAUGUCUACUGAGGCUAACACACGAACAGCAGAAUUAGGCUCAAUUAAUCAUGUUAACUUGAGAUUUAGAAUUGAGGGCGAUGACUGGGAUGAGUCCACCUUCCAGGAAGCAGUGAGAAGGAUAUUAGCUGACCUGGCACAGUGAUCUAAUUAAUCAAAUCCAAUUAAUUACACUUUUUUUAAUCAUACUACAUAAAUUUUAUGGCAAAUUAAGCCCUUCCUAUAAUUUUAAAAUCUUAACUAUUUAAUGUAGACUAUUUUAAAGUGUAUGAUUUUUAAAAAAAAAUAUAUAUAUUUUGAGGAGAGCUAGCAAUUUUAGUUGAUAGCCUGGUCCGUCAUCAGUUGUUAAUUUGAGCCACAAAAUAAUUAGUGGUGAUGUAAUUGUGACGAAGACAACUUUGAUAUUUACUUUAUAUAUAAUCGUGACGUCCAAA